UUCUUCUGAACUUAGCUCAAUGGCGUCGGAGAAAACCGCUGCAGUUUCAACUUCUGAAACUGAAUCUAAGCAAUUUCGUCAAGGACCCACCCGCACUUUGCUCACCAUUUUUAAAUCUCUCGUUGCAGGAGGCGUUGCCGGCGGAGUGUCACGCACUGCAGUUGCUCCCCUGGAACGCUUGAAAAUCUUGCUUCAGGUUCAAAAUCCACACAAUAUGAAAUAUAAUGGCACAAUUCAGGGAUUGAAAUACAUAUGGAGAACAGAGGGUUUCAGAGGGUUGUACAAAGGAAAUGGCACUAAUUGUGCCCGUAUUGUUCCAAACUCAGCUGUCAAGUUCUUCAGCUAUGAGGAAGCAUCAAGACGGAUAUUAUGGUUAUAUCGUCAGCAAACCGGGAAUGAGGAUGCUCAGCUCACUCCACUUCUACGUCUUGGAGCUGGAGCAUGUGCUGGAAUUAUUGCCAUGUCAGCAACUUACCCCAUGGACAUGGUACGAGGUCGGCUUACUGUCCAGACAGACAAAUCACACUACCGGGGAAUCUUUCAUGGUCUUAAAACAAUUUCCAUGGAAGAAGGACCUCGUGCAUUGUAUAAAGGGUGGCUUCCUUCUGUUAUAGGAGUGGUACCCUAUGUAGGUCUCAACUUUGCUGUAUAUGAAUCCCUGAAAGAUUGGUUGAUAAAAAACAAACCAUAUGGACUAGUAGACGACUCAGAGUUAAGUGUGACCACAAAGCUCGCAUGUGGUGCUGCUGCUGGAACUGUUGGACAGACAGUUGCCUACCCUCUUGAUGUUAUCCGCCGAAGAAUGCAGAUGGGGGGAUGGAAAGAUGCCGCUUCUGUAGUCGCCGGGGAUGGGACAACAAGAGCACCACUUGAAUAUGCAGGAAUGGUAGAUGCAUUUAGGAAAACAGUUCGGCAUGAGGGAUUUGGGGCACUGUACAAAGGCUUGGGCCCAAAUUCUGUCAAGGUGGUCCCUUCCAUAGCGAUUGCAUUUGUGACAUAUGAGGUGGCUAAGGACAUUCUUGGUGCAGAGAUGAGAAUAUUAGAUUAAAAGCUUACUGAUUUCACUUUCCGCGGAGUCCAGUUUCUCCUUUGAAGUAGAGAGUUCCCCCUCGAUUGCUUCCACCUCUAGCUGUAUGGCUUCUCUCUCCUUUUGAAGCUGGCUAUUGAUGGUUCUCACCUCUUCAGCAAUUCCCUUCUCCUCCUCAUGGAUGGCAACGGCUGCAUCUCUGUCGAUCUUCAUCUCUUCCAGCUUCUGGUUCAACUCGGUGUGUAUCUUAACCGAAUUCUCCAGUUCCAGUUUCAAAUUUUGACAUUCCUGAUGCAGCGUUUCCUUUUCGUAAACAGUGAUUGCAAGCUUUCUCUUCAAGUCAGCAAUCUCAGCCAGUUCUUGCUCGACAGCUGUUGCUUUCUUCGAGCCUCUUUUUCCCCUGUGCGAAGAACCAUCUGAGUCCGAGGAAUCAGAGCUGGACGAAGAAGAACUGCCCUUCCCAUGUUUCCCGUUUGCCUUUUUUCUCAACUCCUCAGUCAGAUUAUCAUAACGCGCGUACAGAGACUGGUACUGAUUGUGGAAAUCCUCAAUCAGAUCAGCCAGUGGUUCUUUCCCACCAUCGUCUUUAAGAAUCUGUAUGAUCUUCUGCACGUUUCCCUCGAUUACUGUAAGCAAUAAGGCCAUUCAGGAAAGAAGUAGAGCCAUUGAAACAUCAUGCUUAUAACAGAUCACUAAGUUUGAUGAAAUUAUCAGAAAAUGCACACCUGCUUUGGUUUCUCUCAGCUCCUCGUCACGUUCGGGAUCAACAUGAUUUCCAAAAAAGACCUUGACCGCUUCGCGCCAUCGAUGCUUGGGCAUGUUUUCUGUGUUCUCAAGCAGCUUACCUGUAUAUGGUAGAUCACAAGUCGAAUGAGAGUUGAUUUUGUCGAGCAUGCUAAAAGCAUAUUUGUCCACAUGAAAUGUGUAAUCGGGCAUUUAGACCUAAUUCCUUUUGUAAAUAUAUUGAAAUGAAUUAAGAUGCUUUUAAUGUAGGAGUACAUCAUUUUACUUUU